AUGGACACCGUUCGACGCGUUCUGGGGGCGUACCUGAGCGGCCCGGUCGGGGAAAUCGCGGGCAGUUCGCCGGCGUCGAGCGUGAAAUCGCUCGUUCCGCGUCGUUUGUCCUUCGCUCGAGCGUCGUCCGAUGGCGUCGCGCGCGCGACGAACGGGAACCAAGCGUCGCGCGCGAUGUCGCGGUUCGUCAGAGACGCCGUCGGCGGUAAACGCGCGCGCGAAUCGAGCGGGACGAACGGUGAGGGCGCGAACGGCGACGUCGACGGCGGCGGCGACGACGACGGCGCGGGCGGUAAACGACCUCGACACGACGACGAUGUGGACGUCGCCGUCGUGCGCGGAGAAAUAUCGGGACGAGGCGACGAAGAUCUAGCGCCUUGGCCGAGCGCGAAGCGCAAGCGGGGGAUAGAGGACGAAGAGGAUGCGGAGACGCCCGCGGCGCACCGUCGGCGAACUUCGGAGCGCGCGAGCGUUCAAGCUCCGCGAGCGCGCGCGACGCCUGUUCUGGUCGCGGAAAAGGUUUUGAAGGGCGGUAGAUUAGAUGGAUUCAAGGCGCUGCCCAAGAUGUCGUCGCGCGUGGCGGCGCCCGCGCGACGAGGCCCGACGAACCGCCGCGGCUUGGGAGGGAGAAGACGAAUCGUCGACGUUCGCGCUCGGGUCGAGUUCGAUGAACUGGCCGAGGACAAAGCCGAGCGAGAGCGCUUAGAAGCCACGCGGGCGCCCGCGCUCGGCUUACCGUCGUCUUACGCGACGACCGUCGCGAGCGAUAGACCGAAAUCGAACGACAGUGGCGGCUUGGGCGCCGCGUUGGCCGAGUUCAAAUCGACCGCGGCGACCGCCGCCGCCGAGCCCGCGAAAUCGACGACGACGUCGAACCCACCGUCCUCGACCGGUGGUUUCACCUUCACCGCCGCGCCACCGUCAUCGUCGACCGCGAAUCCUUUCUCCAAGCCCCCCACCGUCGGAGCGCCGAGCGCGACGCCGUUCGCGUUCUCCGCCGGCGCCGCCGCCGACCCCGCGCCCGGUCGCCGCGUCGUUCGCGCCCGUCGCCCCGCGAGCAGAAAUAGGUAA